AUGAAAUUAAGAUCAAGAAGCCAACAAUAUCUCAAUUCUCUGCUCAAUUUCUUUUUGCAACCAAAAUCCCAAAUGUCUCAUUCUUUGGUCAGAGCUUCUUCUUUGCCGGUGAACUCGUCCGCCACCUUCCGGACCAAUGCUCCUUGCUCCGGUGUCAACCAGCCAUCACCGAAUUCUCUAUGGAUCUCCGGGCAGAGCAUUCGGCUGCCACCUAUGAGCUUAACGUCUUUACCAUACAAAAGGGGCUGUGUUACUGCUGCAGCUUUGGAGUUCAAAGGUGGACACGGAAUGGGUGGAUUCCAUGAAGUUGAGCUUAAAGUUCGAGAUUAUGAAUUGGAUCAAUAUGGUGUGGUGAAUAAUGCAGUUUAUGCAAGCUAUUGCCAGCAUGCCCGUCAUGAACUUCUGGAAAGAAUUGGUGUAAAUGCUGAUGAAAUUGCACGCAAAGGUGAUUCAUUGGCCCUGUCAGAACUGUCCUUGAAGUUUCUUGCUCCUCUACGGAGUGGAGAUAAAUUCAUUGUCAAGGUUAGGGUAUCUGACUCUUCUGCAGCUCGGUUAUUCUUUGAACACUUCAUUCUAAAACUACCCAAUAAAGAGCCUAUAUUGGAGGCCAGAGGGACAGCAGUAUGGCUUGACAAAAGCUACCGGCCCGUCAGGAUACCUGCAGAUGUGAGGUCAAAAUUCAAUCUAUUCCUUCGCCAUGGAGACUCCAACUGA